AUGGCCAUUUUACAGAACUUCACCCAAGUUCUGGAAGAUGCUUUCAAGAAGACACUGAGUGACUAUAUGAACAACUGGCGUAGAAAUGCCACAGAGGAAGAAAAUGCAUUGCAAGCAAGGGUUGAUGCUGAAAAUUUUGAUUAUGUCAUUCUGUAUCUCAUGGUGAUGAUUGGCAUGUUCUCCUUCAUCAUUGUGGCCAUUUUAGUGAGCACUGUGAAAUCCAAGAGACAGGAGCACUCCAAUGAUCCUUAUCAUCAAUACAUUGUAGACGACUGGAAUGAAAAGCUCAAAAACCAGAUCCUGCUCCAGGAUGAUUUUAAAUGCACCAUCCACACAAAUUUGGGAGCAAAGAAUAAUGGGAGCCCUGGAUCACCCUGA